CGAAGCUGCGCGAGCUGCUGGAUGUCAGCACGCUGGCGGGGAAGAUGGAGAACAGGAUGCUGACGGUGGUGAGCGGCACCGACAUGGUCAACAUCACCUACCUGAACUUCAUGGCCUUCCAGGAGGAGAUAGCGAAGGAAUGGGCCGAAGAGCUGUUCAACCUGGCGUCUAACCUUCUGGUGCAGAACAUGUCCAGGGAGGCCUGCCUCGAAAAAGCAUACACUCGGCUGAAGCUGCAGCUCAACCCUGAGGGACGAAUCCCUGUCAAGAAUAUCUUCAGGAUGUUCUCGGCAGACAGGAAACGAGUGGAGACGGCGCUGGAAAACUGUAACCUCCCUUCUGGCAGAAGCGACUCCAUCCCCCAGGAGGACUUCACUCCAGAGGUGUACGGCCUGUUCCUGAGCAACAUCUGCUCUCGACCCGAUCUCGACCACAUCUUCUCUGACGUCGGGGCUAAGAGUCGACCUUACCUCACGGUGGAGCAGAUGACGGAGUUCAUUAACAAUAAACAGCGAGACCCUCGGCUGAACGAGAUUCUCUACCCUCCUCUCAAGCCGGAGCAGGUCCAGCUGCUGGUGGACAAAUACGAACCCAAUGCUUCGCUGGCACAGAAAGGUCAGAUCUCGGUGGAGGGCUUUGCCAGGUACCUGAACGGGGACGAAAACAGCAUCAUCCCUCCUGAGAAGCUGGACCAGAGUGAAGACAUGACCCUUCCCCUCUCCCACUACUUCAUCAACUCCUCACACAACACGUACCUCACAGCCGGUCAGCUCGCAGGCAACUCUUCGGUGGAGAUGUACAAGCAGGUCCUCCUGUCCGGGUGCCGCUGCAUCGAACUGGACUGCUGGAAGGGUCGCACCACCGAAGAAGAGCCCGUCAUCACUCAUGGCUUCACCAUGACAAGUGAAAUCUCCUUCAAGGAGGUGAUCGAGGCUAUCGCAGAGUGUGCCUUCAAGACGUCACCUUUCCCCGUCAUCCUGUCUUUUGAGAACCACGUGGACUCGCCGAAGCAGCAGGCUAAGAUGGCAGAGUACUGCCGGUCAAUAUUUGGAGACGCAUUACUGACAGAACCUCUGGAGAAAUAUCCUCUGGAGUCCGGCGUGCCGCUGCCCAGCCCGAUGGAGCUGAUGGGGAAGAUCCUGGUGAAGAACAAAAAGAAGCACCACAAGACGGACGGAAGCACCAAGAAAAAGCUCAGUGAGCAGGUUUCCAACACCUACAGCGACUCCUCCAGCGUGUGCGAGCCGUCCUCCCCGAGCGCAGGUUCGACCAAAGAGGAGAUGGCGGAUUCCUCUCAGCCCGCCGAGGGAGCCGAGCUCAGCCUGAGACCGCAGGGCAGAAAGUCCAUCGGUGAGGUGGAGGCUGAGAGUGAGGAUGAAGAUGACGACGAUGAUGACUGUAAAAAGGGCUCAAUGGAUGAGGGCACAGCGGGCAGUGAAGCGUUCGCCACAGAGGAAAUGUCCAACCUGGUCAUCUACAUCCAACCUGUCAAGUUUAACAGCUUCGAGGCUUCCAAAAAGAUCAAUCGCAGCUACCAGAUGUCGUCCUUCGUAGAGACCAAAGCUUUGGAGCAGCUGACCAAAUCUCCCGUAGAGUUUGUGGAGUACAACAAGCUGCAGCUGAGCAGGAUUUACCCUAAAGGCACUCGAGUGGAUUCGUCCAACUACAACCCUCAGCUCUUCUGGAACGCAGGCUGUCAGCUGGUGGCUCUCAACUUCCAGACUAUCGACCUGUCCAUGCAGCUGAACCUGGGCAUGUACGAGUACAACGGGAAGUGUGGCUUCAGGCUGAAACCGGAGUUCAUGAGACGACCGGACAAACACUUUGAUCCUUUCACCGAGAGCACGGUCGACGGGAUCGUAGCCAACACACUGUCUGUGAAGAUCAUCUCAGGCCAGUUCCUGUCAGAUAAGAAAGUCGGCACGUACGUGGAGAUCGACAUGUUCGGGUUGCCGGUGGACACCAAGAGGAAAGCGUUCAAGACCAAGACGUCUCAGGGCAACGCCAUCAACCCUGUCUGGGAGGAGGAGGCCAUUGUUUUCAAGAAAGUUGUCCUGCCUACGCUUGCUUCGCUGAGGAUAGCGGUGUUUGAAGAAGGAGGGAAGUUUAUCGGCCACCGCAUCAUUCCUGUUUCAGCCAUCCGUCCAGGUUACCACUACAUCCACCUGAGGAAUGAGAAGAACCAGUCCCUGACGCUACCGGCUCUGUUUGUGUACGUUGAAGUGAAGGAUUAUGUCCCGGACACGUUUGCGGAUGUCAUCGAAGCCUUGUCCAAUCCCAUCCGCUACGUCAACCUGAUGGAGGUGCGAGCCAAUCAGCUGGCUGCUCUCACUCUGGAGGAGGGAGGAGAGGAGGAGGGUGACAAAGAGGUGGAGGCAGGAAGUGAUGCCCCCUCAGAAUCUAAGGUGGACCAGAGGGUAGCGCUGCCUUCAGAGAACGGACUGAGCCACACACCCAUUAUUGCCCCGAAACCUCCUUCCCUGGUCGGACACCAGCCUCAGUCUGCAGGCUCAUUGAAACCAUCGGUGAAGACUGAAGACAUCAUUCAGAGCGUCCUCACCGAACUGGAGGCUCAGACGUUGGAGGAGCUGAAGCAGCAGAAGGGUUUCGUCCGGGAGCAGAGGAAGCAGUACAAGGAGAUGAAGGAGCUGGUUCGGAAGCACCACCGCAAGACCAGCGAGCUGAUCAAGGAGCACACGGCUCGAGCGUCCGAGCUGCAGAGCCAGCACCAGCGGCGGCGCUCGGCCCUGCAGAAGAGCCACAAACGAGAUGGUAAGAAAAGUCGGUCCGAUCACUCGCUGUCCACGCUGGACCAGGACCUGUGCGAGCUGGAUCAGGAGUGUAACCAGAGACUGGCCGAGCUGAAGGAGCAGCAGCAGCAGCAGCUCCUCACUCUUCGACAGGAGCAGUACUACAGCGAGAAAUACCAGAAACGGGAACACAUAAAGCAGGUACUCUGUCAGAAAGUGCACACAGACGUAUACAUUAAUGUGAGAGAAGCUGGGCUGGAUAGAGAAAUAGUAAGCAACAUGACACUUAUACAGAUGGGUGACGAAUUAAAGGAAACAGCAACAUAA